AUUAUUCUUAUUAUAAAGGAACAUAUGAGUAAAAUAGACAAUAAUGCUUUAAUUGAAAUAAUACCAAAUAUAAAUACCUCUCAUUUAUCUAUAACAAGUAAUCGCAGAAUUUCUUUCAAUCAUGAAAACUCAAUAGGUUCACUAUUUGGUUUUGAGAAACUAGGCCUAGAACCAAAUAAAACUUAUAUUUCCAAGCACACAGUAAAAAUUUUAAAAGUUAAUAGUAUAGGCGUUGAUUGUAAUAUUGCCACUGGUAUUUAUUUAAAUGGAGAACCUGUUCACAUUAUUCAUCAAUUCUUUCCAACCGUUCCGAGUGGAUAUAAAAUAGUAGAAUCUCCUCAGAAUAUUCUUUAUUAUCCAGUAAGCGUAAAGACAAUUAACAACAUUAUAGUAAAAAUAAUUGACCAAAGAGGACGCAUUAUUGAUUUUCAAGAAGAAGAAGUUACUGUUACUUUACAUAUUCGAAAAGCUAUAUUAUAAAUAUGGUUUUAAAAUUCUUUC